AUGCAAAUAACGUGGGACCUAGGAAUGGACCACGUCCGGUCCUGGGUCAUGAACGGAGACUAUGAGCUGGACAAUUCUUUCAAACGCCCCUUUGCCUGGAGUUCUACAGUUGUUACAGGCCUCUCCGAAGCCGCCAUCGUCCCUCAACCUGAAGAUGCAAGUGCUUAUUCAAAUGGUGGCGCGGAAACCCAUACCUCUCAAAUUACCGAGUCAACUGCUGCUUCUACCGCCCCGGACCCGUUCUGUUCCCCGUCCAAGUCAUCAUCGACUGUGAGCGAGCAGCAUAUCCUCGCUGUCCCCGACGACGUGGAUGACCCCUUGAUUCCAAAACAACUCGAUGUACGUCGGGUGUUCAACAACGGACGCCAUACAUGGCAGCAACUUGUUAGCCAAGCCUUGGCUCUACCAAGAGGCACGUUUCCCUCGGGACUCGAUCCUUCAGUUAUGCUUCAAGAUAUGCCGCCGCUCCCAGAGUCAGUCCCGGCUCAAGGCGUCCUGGCCGGAGCCCCCACCUGGCUCGUCCCGGAUCCCGAACCUGACACCCGGGCCGGAGAGGAUUUCGACCUCAACAACGUUACCGGCACCACCAAAUAUUUCCGGCUUGCCUAUCCAUCCCCCAUCGAAUGCCUCAUUACUUCAGACCCGAGCGCAUGCCAUUAUGGUAAUCCAACUGGCACGGCAGAUGCACCCAAUGCCCCGCAAGGCCUUGCAAUCUUGACUCUAUGCUGGUCCUACAUCCUCUCCACCCGGCUGCUGCAACUCCAGAAAAGAAAGAUCCACUUCACCGACUCCUGUCUCCACCCUGUCCCGAUUAACAUGGUUGGGAAUCUGACCCCAAACCAGAUCCUGGUCCACCUCCCUCCAGGAACCUCCCUGCGUCUCGUGCAUUGGCUUUGUGCGAUUUUGGCGUCACGAUCAGGAUGGGCCGCUGAUGAUCAAGAGGGUGCAUAUUCGCCAUGGGAUGCACAAUUUACAGAUGAUGUGCAGUUCGUCGUUGCUACUGGAGGCCCGGUCUCGAUUGACACCGAUGCGGAGCCCCCAACUCCGGCAGAGGCUACUGAACUUCUCAUCGAGUUUUGUAACCUGUUCGGUAUUGGCCACGAACCCUGCCGAUCUAAAGAUCCAAGCCCCUUGUCACCCAUCAAGGCUGCCUUCCUUGCAACCCUCGCAAUCCCAUUCUAUCGCAUGGCUAAGCUGAGGCCACACCUUCCUAGGCCAUCUCUGACGCCUCGAAAGACCACCCCUUUGGAUGCUGACCAAACAGCUGAUAUUCGUCGAUAUACGGAGGAAGCACGCUACUACAUGACGCUGAGCAUGCAUCCAUAUGCUCUUGGGCCAGUACUCUGGAGUAUAUUCUGGCAACCUGAAAUCCAAUGUAAUCUUGUUAGCCCAUGGUUGGCUGCCAUUGGCAGCGUAAUCCAACCGGCCUUCAACCAUAGCGAUUUUGAGAUGCUCAUCAAGAUCUUUCUUCUGCGGCGUCCUCGCGUUGCCAUGUGGUGGCAUGGCCUCUUUCUGCUUGGCAACUCCAAAAUUUUAGAUUUCAUCCAGAACUAUCUUACUACUCUUGAUGAGGGAUGCUCUUACGAUACCAUGUCCCGUCCAGAUAUCGUUACUGCAGCAUGGACGGGAGCACCUCAAUCAUAUCAGGACGAUGUCAGUCUUGUUACCUACGACGAUCUCACAACACCCAUUCCCCGCACUGCCCUAUUACAACAUCGACACACCCUCACUCUCCGCGACCCUUGGCCACUAUUUUAUGGCUGGCGCCCAUUUGGAAUGGUCUCCAAAGAAGCCGUCGAACCUGACCUUUAUCUUUGGCUUGAGCGCGGUCACCACCGUGAGUACCGCCAUUGGACCUGGUGGUCUAGAGACGAUGCAUCUUUCCAAUCUUCCAACCAUUCUGGCUAUCGCAAAGAGACCAACCGAUUCGAUUCGAGCGUUCCAGACAACCUCGACCUCCUCACUACUCCUAACGAUCUUUCUCCACUUCCCUCAACCAUCGCUCUUCCUGUUGCCUUUGAGCCUUCUCGCCGUGCUACUCUACAGAUGAUCAACCACUCCUUGGGUAAUAUCAUUGGAGAGCGAAGCCUCAGCAAUGCUGUCAUUCCGAAAUUGAAGCAGACUCACCCAUGGCUGAAGGAUUGGACUCCCGUUUGA